AUGACGUCAAAACUUUCACCAAGUGAAAAGCAAUCAAUCAUAUUGAAUGAAGCUAAAGGAAUACAACAUCCAUUAUAUUAUGUUUGUCAUAUGAAGAAUGGUUCAGUUCAAGUUAGAAAGAGAAAGGCACCAUUGAAUUCACCAGCUCCUGCCCCAGCUCCUGUUGUUCAAGAAGCUCCUAAAGUUGAUGAGAAGAAAGAAGAAGAACAAGCAUAUACUAAUAAAAUGUUGUUAGAGAUGAUGACAAAGAUAUUAGAACGUAACAGUGUAGUUAAUGAACCAAACAUGGACCCAAUUGAACGUGAGAAGGAAACUAAAGAGAAUCAAGAAUAUGUUCAAUCAAUGGAAGAGAAAAGAAUACACUUCGAUGAUGAACCAGAGCCUGAACCAGAACCUCCUAAACCUCAGCCACAAAUAAGACGAAUAAUCCCAAGAAUAAGAAGAUUGUAA